AUGCUCCAAUCAGCACACUCCCCAUUGAACUCAUCACUCCCGCCCCCCCUCCCCACAUCCGCAGGUCUCGCCGACAAACUAAAGCGCUAUGUCGAGUUCGGCCGCACAUACGUGACCUUCUACAAAACGGGCCUGAAAAACGUCUACCGGAACUAUCGAGCCUCCCUCCCCCUCCGAAAACAACUAGGCCUCCCAAUCUACCUCCCCGUGUCCCCACCACGGACAAUCUCCCACCAAAACCCCAAGAAAGAGCGCCAGGAAUCCAAUCUCGGGCGCGGUCAGUUCCAGCUCGUCCGUCGAUCAGCGCGCGAUGUGCGGCGCAUGAUCCCUUUCACGAUGAUUCUGAUCGUCUGCGGGGAAUUCACGCCGUUGAUUAUUCCGAUCUUCGGGUCUGCGAUUACGCCCGCUACGUGUCGGGUGCCGUCGCAGGUGGAGAAGGAGCGUGUUGGGUCGGUGAAGAGGAAACUUGCUGCGCUUGAGUCUGGUCGGUUGCCGCUUAAGCCGGAUAGUUCUGAGCAGCUACGUCUUCUGGCAAAGCAGUUUGCUGAUCUGGCUUGGACGGCGAGUGCCGACCCUGCCUCUGUUUUGCGGGCCUGUGCUGUUUUUGGGUUGGUCAAGCGCCAUGAUAAGACUGCCAGUGCGCUCCUUGCUGGCUUGAUUUAUCGGCCGAGGCUGACGCGGUAUGUUGAAUACCUGGCUAUUGAUGAUAGGAUGAUCCGUGCUGGUGGUAUCUCAUCUAUGAGUGCUACGGAGGUGCGCAUUGCGGUUGAAGAGCGUGGCGGUGUGGAUAUCUCUGGCACUUCGGAUCGGAAGCAGGCAGAGAAGUUGGAGAGGCGCUGGUUGGAACAGUGGAUCGCUUUGAAAAAGACUGUACAGUAA